GUUUCGUUUGAUGUUUGUUGAUAUGGACAGCUAAAGGUUGGAUUUUUAAUCUCAGUGAUACAGAAGAAUUCCUAGAAAUGUCUAGCGCUGCAAAAGUUGUGGAUCCUGCAUUUCAGGGAGUUGGUCAGAAACCUGGGAUUGAAAUCUGGCGUAUUGAGAAUUUUCAGCCGGUUCCGUUGCCAAAGUCUGACUAUGGAAAAUUCUACAUGGGGGAUUCUUACAUUGUCUUACAUACGUCACAUGGCAAGGUUGGUUCCUAUAUGUAUAAUAUACACUUCUGGAUCGGGAAAGAUACCACUCAGGAUGAAUCUGGAGCCGCUGCUAUUAAAACUGUUGAGCUAGAUGCAGCGCUAGGAGGCCGUGCUGUGCAGCACAGGGAACUUCAAGGCCAUGAAUCUGACAAAUUUUUGUCAUACUUUAAGCCUUGCAUUGUUCCAUUGGAGGGGGGUGUUGCUUCCGGAUUCAAAAAACCAGAGGAAGAAGUGUUUGAAACACGGUUGUAUGUCUGCAGAGGAAAACGAGUUGUCAAAUUGAAGCAGGUUCCUUUUGCUCGGUCUUCACUGAAUCACGAUGAUGUAUUUAUCCUGGACUCUCAGAAAAAGAUUUAUCAGUUCAAUGGUGCAAACUCCAAUAUUCAGGAAAGGGCCAAGGCAUUAGAAGUUAUCCAGUUUUUAAAGGAAAAGUAUCAUGAUGGAGUGUGCGGCGUUGCAAUUGUUGAUGAUGGGAAACUGGACACCGAAUCUGACUCGGGCGAGUUCUGGGUCCUGUUUGGUGGUUUUGCUCCAAUAGGCAAGAAGGUUAGCCAUGAAGAUGAUGUUAUUCCCGAGGCUACUCCGGCUAAACUUUAUAGCAUAACUGAUGGUAAGGUGACACCCAUAGAUGGCAAACUAUCGAAAAGCCUCUUGGAAAACAACAAAUCCUAUCUACUAGACUGUGGUUCUGAGGUUUUUGUUUGGGUUGGACGGGUGACACAGUUAGAGGAGAGAAAAGCUGCCAACCAAGCCACUGAGGGCUUUAUUGCUAGCAACAAUAGACCAAAAUCAACACGCCUAACCCGCCUCACCCAAGGUUAUGAAACCAAUUCAUUCAAGUCCCACUUUGACUCUUGGCCGGCUCAAUCUACAGCUCCCGGGGGUGAUGAUGGAAAGGGAAAAGUAGCUGCUUUGCUGAAGCAACAAAAAGUUGCUGUCAAGGGGGUGACCAAACCUGCUCCUGUACAAGAAGAAGUUUCUUUGCUUGAAGGCGAGGGAAAGAUGGAGGUAUGGUGCAUCAAUGAGGGUGCAAAGACGCCGCUGGAAAAAGAGGAUAUUGGUAAAUUCUAUAGUGGAGACUGCUAUAUUGUGCUUUACACAUACCACUCAGGUGAGAGGAAAGAAGAUUUCUUUCUGUGCUGGUGGAUUGGAAAAGAUAGCGUUGAGGAGGACCAAAAGACGGCCGUCAAGUUGGCUAAUUCAACAUUUAACUCACUUAAGGGAGGCCUACGCUUCUUGCAGGGUCGUAUAUUUGAAGGUAAAGAGCCACCUCAAUUCAUUGCACUUUUUCAACCUAUGGUGGUCCUCAAGGGUGGCCUUAGCGCUGGUUACAAAAAGAGUAUACAAGACAAAGGCUUGAGUGAUCAAACAUACACAGCAGAUUCCAUUGCUCUGUUUCAGAUAGCAGGAACUUCAGCGCGUGAUGGUAAAGCACUGCAAGUUGAUGCGGUGGCAAAAUCAUUGAACUCGACUGAGUGUUUCCUCCUGCAAUCUGGAUCUUCGACAAUUUUCACUUGGUUUGGAAAUCAAAGCUCUAAAGAACAGCAGGAAUUGGCAGCGAAAGUUGUUGAAUUUUUUAAGCCGGGAGUUACUCGGAAACAUUGUAAAGAAGGAGCAGAGGUUUCUGCCUUCUGGUCUGCACUUGGUGGGAAAGAAAGUUAUUCCUCCACCAAAAAAGAACCCGAUGAGACUGUCAGGGAUCCCCACUUGUUCAGUAUCUCUCUUAAUAAAGGAAAGUUUGAGGUUGAGGAAAUUUACAAUUUCUCUCAAGACGAUCUCUUGACUGAAGAUAUUCUGGUACUCGACACACAUGCUGAAGUGUUUGUUUGGGUUGGUCAGUGUGUAGACAACAAAGAAAAACAAAGUGCAUUCGAAAUUGGCCAGAAAUACAUAGACAGGGCUGUAUAUCUAGAGGGUUUGUCUCCAAAGGUUGCACUUUUCAAAGUUAUUGAAGGAAACGAACCUUGCUUCUUCACUGCAUUCUUUUCAUGGGAUUCUCAUCGAGCUAUUGUGCUAGGAAACUCGUUCCAGAAGAAGGUGGCAUUGCUCUUUGGGGUUACCCAUGCAGAGGAGCAGGAUAAAUCUGAUGGAGGUCAAGGACCUAGGCAAAGAGCUGAAGCUUUAGCUGCCUUAACAUCUGCAUUUAAUCCAUCAUCAGAAACCAAAACCUCAGGUCUGAAGCCUUCCGGUGCUGGUCAGGGAUCGCAGCGAAAAGCUGCUGUAGCUGCUCUCUCCGGGGUUCUUACUGCGGAAAAGAAGAAAUCACCCGAGGGAUCCCCUAGAAAAUCCACUAGCAGCCCUCCUUCUGAUGCAAAGGGUGAACUGGAUCCUUCCGAAGCACAUGAUUCUCAAGGGGAAGCUGAAGCCGAGACAGGUGAGAACAACCAAGAGACGGGUGAUGAUGGUGAUAGGAGUGAAAAACGUACAUACAGUUAUGAUCAACUGAAGUCCAAGUCCGAAAAUCCUGCUCCUGGAAUUGACCUCAAACGUCGAGAGAUUUAUUUGGCCGACGAGGAGUUUGAGACGAUAUUCGGGAUGACAAAAGAAGCAUUUUACAAAUUGCCAAAGUGGAAGCAAGACUCUAAGAAGAAGGAAGUUGAUCUGUUCUAGAGCUUCAUGCACUUAAGGCAAGUGAUUUAAGUGCCUCUCAAUGCAUUCUUACUAGCAAUUUGUCUUCAGUUCUGCCCCCAAAAAACAUCGUAUUAUUGUUAUACGAUGCCUGGAUUACCAUUUUUUGUUCAGUUUUUCCGUUCCGAUUAGUAUUCAGAUCGAAUCCGAUGUGACAUGGAUUACCAUUAUCAUAUACUGUAAUGUUUUGAAGGUCAAUAACAUUCUAUGGUUUGUUUGCAAUAUAUUUCAUCUCAUCUUUUUUGUUAA